GAGCCGGAGAAACUGGAGCAAAGUGUCCGGCAGCAAGAGACGCAAACACUGACUCCACCACAACCGACCGAGCACCGACGGGAGAGGAGCAGAGCAACUUUUGGUGGUUUUUCUUUCUGGUGGGAGGUUUUCUUCUUAAGGCAAAAGGAAAAGGAGGAAACGGGAGUGAGACAGCUUUGUGUCGGGGAAGCCUUAAUCUUUUUUUUUCUUCCUUCACUGCUCCAGGACAUGGAAAGUUAGUGGUCAGCAAAUCCUCAGGGAGCCCUUUACUACACGGACUGACCUACAUCUUCUGUAAGACACACAGAGAAAAAGCACUGCAGCUUGUUUGGCAUCACAGCUCUGCUGACGAUUGAGGAAGACGAGGAUAAACUCAAAAUCACCCCCAACAAGACUACGGAGACGGCUCUGAUCUGUUUGCCAGGGCAGCUGGAAGACUCUUUGCCCAAAAUACAGACUUGUUUCUUUUUUUAGGUUCCUCGUUCAGAACACUAGUUCAAUGUCUGAGGUUUUUGUGGAGUUCCACCUCUUUUUGAUCUUCUUGGCUAAUAUGGACACUUGAACGUUUUGAUCUUGAAAAAUACGUAACAGAAAUCAAUGAGGCGAUCUCCUUCAAGAAGCACAAAUACCUCAACAAGAAGUUUUUGCCGAUCCUACAACUUAGGUCAAACUACCUAGUAGCAAAGCAGAAGGCUCCUAUAGUUUUACAUUUUUUUCCCUUUCCCCCUUUGCCCUUGGCUAGAGUUACACUCUGGCCCCCAGCUGGGAAAAAAAUGGAAAGUCUGAGUAUACACAUCCCAUCCACCAGCAACAAAAAUGACAUGGAGGUCGACAAUUUCUCCUCCUACAGUGGCAGCCUCCCAUCCCCGACUCCUGAAGGCGGAGCCCGGGUCAGCCGCCAGUCUAAAGGCUCCAAGUCAAGUGCGAGCUGCCGUCGCAAGCGUGAGUUUAUUUCCGAUGAGAAGAAAGACGCUUCCUAUUGGGAAAAACGGAGGAAGAACAAUGAGGCAGCCAAGCGCUCAAGGGAAAAGCGUCGCCUGAAUGACAUGGUGCUGGAGAACCGGGUCAUGGCGCUGAAUGAAGAGAACGUUCGCAUAAAAACGGAGCUCCUCCAGCUCAAGUUGCGCUUUGGCCUCAUCAGCACCGCCGCCUACAUGGAGAAGAGUCAGCAGAUCUCCAACAGUGCUGCCAGUGUAAACAGUAGUUGCGGGAGCAGCAAUGGCACCCCAAACAGUAACGCCUACCUCUCAAGCAGCGGCUACUCCAGUGCAUCCCAGGUGAUGCUGAAUUCUGACUCAUCAGAAACUGAACAGUCGUGCCGUGGCGAGCGCCACCAGUACUCCCCCCGGGGCUCCGUCUCUGACUUGUCUGACGGCUCCUCCAGGGACAGCCCAGAGCCCAUGAGCUUCAACAUAAAGACCGAGCCCUCUAGCAUGGAGAUGGCCAGAUUGGAAAGCAACGGGGUCCCCAAUGGUAUGCAAAGUGGGGCUUACCAUGGCAACCACACUGCACUGGUUUCUCCUCACCAGCAGAACGCGCCAUCGGCUGAAAGCCCUAUGGACUACCAGCAGCACCAACAGCAGCAGCGCCACAUGGAGGCCUCCAGUCCCGCUCCUCAGGCCACCUCUGCACAGAGGAGCGUCAUCUUGUACCGAUCCAGCAGUGGCUGUUACCCCAUGGAGACCCAGAGGCCCGAGGACCAGCAGAACAGAGCGCCGCAGCAUGGCCAGCACUCCUCGGCCUCCAAGUUCUCGGACUGCUCAGUGACCAUCACAGAGGUCGCUGAGAAACUAGAGAGGACAAAGACAAUGGACUCGCCUCAGUACGAUUACACUGAUGGUCAUGCUGAGUCCACAGAGGAGCUGCAGCAAAGGUACAAUCCCAACGGCCAACAACAGCAGGAGAGCCAUCAUGGGCACUACGGCUACCAGAGUCAGGAGAGAAGUCUUCAGCAUGGAGAAAGCCACCAGAACCCCUUUGCCCCAGAUCUGAUCCACAACACUGAGGAGGGCAAGUCCUCCUUCCCACAGCACAACGGCUACCUCAACACACUGCACGAAGACCCCCCCGUGCUCACCUACGAGGGAGGCCCGCGAGCCGGCGGCUUCUUCCAGGAGAACUCCUCCACUAAAGACACCUCAUCCAGUGAUGGGGACCCUCGUAGCUCUGAUAAGGAGGGCUCCACAGACGACGAGUCCCCCUCCUCAUCCUCCUCAGACAUCAGCAGCUACCAUCAGCAGGCGCAGGGAGCUGCUGGUUCGCUUGGCGAGUUCCAAGCCGAGGUCAAAGGCACUGCCCUGCCCCACAAGCUCCGCCUCAAGUACAGAGCUCUGUCCAACGGGGCAGCAGGACUGCAGAUGGAGGCAACAGUCAACACCUCCAUGUCCCCCUCUCCCACUUUGCCUCAGCACCCUUACUUAGCUCUACCCAGCAACCCUCAUGGCACCCCGACCAACGGGGAGAGCAAAGAGGUGGAGAAUGAGACUGAGUAUGCGGAAGAGGUCAAUCCUCUGAAUGAGAGGGCGGAGGCUAGAAAGGAGGGAGGGAAAAAGGGAUCCAGCAGCAGCAGCAGCAGGGGUGGACGCAACAAGAGGCGAGAUUAAGGACAAAUCGGAGCAUUUUUGACAAACAAUACAAUUAUGACUCACAUCGCCACCUUACAAGACAGACAGUAAACCUGUGUGAGGUGUAGUUAGGAUGUGAUUUCACCAAGUUUCACUGUGUCACCUGUUCCUCUUCCCUUCGCUCUCCUCCUACCUCCCACCUAUCCCUCUAAUGAAAAUGAUCGAUCACUUAACGAGGGAGGGGCCAGAAUGAAAUUCUCCAGAGCUGGAGAGAAAUUUAAACAUUAUUCAAUUAUUCAUUGUUGUAAACUGCCUUUGGUGGCUGGCCAGCACUUAUUGUGGCAUUAUGGGAACAUUCCUUUGACCAAAGAAUACACAUCCUUCCUGUAGUGUCUCCCUUCUUGGCAAAAAGUUACAUUCUUCCUUCCUCUGGACACACCUGUACCGUUUGAUCCUCCACCCUCUUACCAUCUGCACACACAAGUCCUCUUCACUUCUGAAGCACUUAGAUUGUAUAUUACUGUGACAUAUACAUUUGCAUAAAAGGAAUAUAUUUUAAGAAGAAAAAUGUGGCAAAAAAAACAAAAAAAGUAAAGCAGUGGGAUGCGAAAGUCAUAGACUUAAACGUGAUUGGUUUGUUAUUGUAUAGAUGUUCUUUGUUUAGAAAAAAUGCCUCAAAGAUUUUGAACUAAAAGUAUGAGCCACAACUUACAAAAAAAAAAAAAAAAAAAAAAAAAAGGUACACUUUUUGCAGAUUACUGAUCAGAUCGGGGGCCUCACUCAGGUGAGUUCUUUGACACUCAAAGCUGUCAAAACAGUCAAGGCCAGUUAUUCGCAUAUCAGUCAAGGCUAUGCAGUCACACAUUGCUGUUUGCAAAAUCUGACAAGCACAAGGCAAGCCUUUGCCUGCCAGCCGUUCAACAAAAAAAAUCUUCAUUUCCAGACAAAUAUUGUCUGUCUAAUAAAUAAAAUGGCUCUCCAGUCGCAAACCAGCAAAGCUGCUCUCUUUUCAUAAGGUGCCUCUUUAUUGUGUUGUCCCUCGUCCCCACUUGGCCAACGUCUUAGCGUUCCCUCUCACCUCUGCACUGAGUUGUUUUAGUCACAGUAGCUGCAGUAGAUCAUACAGUGUGUACAAGUUUAACUGUUUCACGUCCUGGUGCCUGCCUCCGGCCACUAUGUAUAAAUGUAAAGUUGUCUCUCUAUCUCUUGUAUACUGCUGUCAUUAUUUUAUUAUUAUUUUAUUAAUAUUGUUAUUUUCUAUUAUAUUCGGUUAUUAUUUGGGCUAUUAUUAUGUGCAUUUUUCUGUCAUCCUGUGUGUCAUUUUGCUCUAUGCUCUUCCUUGUUGUGCUGUGUAUUUACCCAUGAAGCCCUUUUGCCCCAGUUACCAUUUGUACUCUGUGUUACCGUAUAACCUUUGUUGUUUGCCGAAAGGCUUUCCAAAAAUGAAAGAAAAAAAAAAAUUGAAUAAGGCUUGUCCAGAAGUGAUUAUGUAUUGCUAUACUUCAUGUGGAUAUGCAAAAUGGUUAAACAAACACUCAUUUUUGAAAAAUAAAUAAA